GGGGUCUGGGGAGGGCUGGCUGUCGGACAGGACCAGCGUUGGGGGGUUUACCCGUGGCCUUCUUCUGGUUGAGCCUGCCCUCUUUAUCCUUAAGGGCCUGGAAAAAUGGGCAGCCCCGGAAUCUGGAGCUGUGGUCGCCGAUCUUGCAGAGGGCGCAAGUUGGGAUAAAAUCCGGCUCGAGUCGGGCGGCUUGUUCGCCCGUGGAGGCAGUGGGUUUAUCCACCGGGCCUUGGGCGCGGAGAACAUUCUCAGGUGCUGGCAAAAUCGAACGCCCAGACGUCGGCUUGGCACCGUCUUGCACUGAAAGGACAGAGACUUCAGCCUGGCGUGUUCGGACGCUAUCUUCAGCUGUUGUAAGCCGCGAGAAUCGAUACUCUGAGCUUACGAGUCCACCGUUCACAUACGCCGAAAUGAUAAAACAAGCUAUUCUGAAGAAGGGAGAACUCACAGUAUCUGGAAUCUACCAAUGGAUAUCAGAAAAUUUCCCGUUUUACAAACCAAAUGAUAACACAUGGAAGAAUUCUGUCCGACACACCUUAACAACCAACCCACGUUUCAUGAAGGGUGCGAGAGGAUCACGUAGUCCCCUCUGGACACUUGCGACUAAAAAUGAAAAUUUCCAGUCAACCCUGGAAACAAGACGUCAAAGUUUCACGCCCAUCACGACACCAUAUGAAGUGGACAGAGUCACAGGUAAUAUAGAGAAAGAGGAAAAUGAAGAUCUUCCUAGAGAAGUGCUGCUUUCUAUUCCUGAAGAAGGCACUUCAAGCUACCCUUUCCCUGACUUCAAUUAUGAGCAGUUGGUCAGUCUCGAGCAGUCAACGGAAGAGAUUCUAAGUCGAAUCAAGAAGAAUGCUGAGGUACAAGACCUGACGCCUCAAGCAGAGACGACAUUUCCAAUUGAAAUAGAUUCCCUGAAACCAGUGCCGAUGGAAGUGGCUGAAGAAGAACUCAGGCCGCUUGAGGACAUGGCAUGGACAGUUAUCUGAUAAGCAACCUGAGAAAACCACGCAUGAAAGUAAAAUCAGGGUACUUGAGUCUUUGCUGGAGAGCUAGACUUCCACCACAGUUGGAAAGUUAGGAAGCGAGCAGAAAAUUGUAACGAAGUGAACCGAGUUUCGGUUCACCUUUUUACUCGCUGACUCGUUGCUCGUGUAUUCUACGCCCCGAGAUAUUCGUGGGGAAACCAAGGAACAUUGAAGGCAGUUGAACAUUUACUCUCAAAUCAAUCAAAUCCCAUUCAAUUGAAGUUAAACAAACAAAAUGAAUUUAAUAUUUAAAAAUUGAACAAAGCAAAAAUGACAAACACAAAACUGUAAUACAACAAACAAGAAUGCAAAUUAAUCGUUCAGAAGAAACGAUACUUCAAGUUACUACAUUCAUACAGACCCUUGGUGCGUUCAUACAGAUGACAGCCACACCCUAAACACAGAUUACUCUCGUAGCCACACUACGCUACGUCACACUUGUUAUUUGACGAAGUGCUUUAAAUGUGUUCACACAUUUCAAACUUGCAACUUCCCAAUAACUCUCAAGGUGCCCCAUGGCACGUUUUCUCCCGGCAGUCAGACCAGCCUCAACACAAACAUCAUACACGAAAUAAUACAGACAUCCGUACACACACAACUCUCGUACACACCCAACACCCAGUGAAUUCACAAUACACGAUGCGUACAU